UUAUUCCACAUUCAUUUGCAAAUGUUUACAAAUUUGAUUAAAAAAAUGUAAUGCUUCUAAAAGAUGAUAGAUGACUUGUAAAGACGGAUAUUUUCCCUGUGUGUGGUCAUCUUGUAAACAAUUUAUUGGUAUUUGGUUUGAAAAUCAAUUUCGACUUUAACAUUAUUUAAAAAAAAGGAUGUUUGUGUGAUGCUUUCCUAUAAGUAAUUAAUUCCUGAGGGGAGGAGGAGUUAGACGUUGAGAAAAAGAGAAGCACAUAUAGACUGCUGGCUCGUCGGGCUAAAACAAAGUGCGCACCAUAUAUUGCGCGUCGUGUUUAAUUUGGGGGUUUGGGUAAAAAACAAAAUCGACUCGGCAAUUCCAAAAGAGCUGGUUUUACGUGUGAUGCUUGUCUGUAAGAAUUAUGCGUCUUUCCCACCAUAUAUUAUUUCCCCCAUAGUUGUGGUGGGAGCUGGUAAGGUGGGUUAACUCCAGCUCAAGUCUCCGUGAAGCACAGAGCACUGAUGACGUUGGGUUGGAUGACCAAUCGGGAGGCGCUGCCCUUUGGAGACAAACCAUUUUACUUGUAGUGUCUGCAUCAAGUCUGGAAGCAAGGGCUCAAUUUUAACAGAAUCCACCUAAAAAUCUCUCCCUUAACUUAUGCCUACCUUCAGCCACUUUGGGUGAGAAUAUCACAGGACAAGGGGGGAAAUAAAGACGCCUCUGGAAAAUUCGGGUGUUAAUAGGACAAUAUCUGUUCGCGGUGGAGAGGGGAGAGAGACAACAGCACAGCGAGAGAGAGAAAACCGAUUUGGUCUUGAGAGAGAGGGGGGUGAGUGCUCUCAAGGCAGAAAAUUCGAUGAUGACCAUGACUACGAUGGCUGACGGUCUGGAGGCUCAGGACUCGUCCAAGUCUGCUUUCAUGGAGUUUGGGCAGCAGUCGCACUCACAGCAGAGCUCCCCGUCGAUGGCCAGCGGGCACUACCCGCUGCACUGUCUCCACUCCGGCUCACACGCUCACCACCAGCACGACAACACCCCGUACACCGGGACCAACACCUACAACAGGUCGUUACCCUACCCCUACGUGAGCCAUCCGCACCACAGCCCGUACCUGCCAUCCUAUCACAACAACACGGGAGGACAGACAAGGUUAGACGGCACAGAGCAGCAGAAAACGACAGUGAUUGAAAAUGGGGAGAUUCGUUUUAAUGGGAAAGGCAAGAAGAUUCGCAAACCUCGGACAAUUUAUUCCAGUUUGCAGCUUCAAGCGCUGAACCACCGUUUCCAGCAAACACAGUACCUCGCUUUACCGGAGCGCGCCGAGCUGGCUGCCUCUCUAGGACUGACACAAACCCAGGUAAAGAUUUGGUUCCAGAAUAAGAGGUCAAAGUUCAAGAAGCUGCUGAAGCAAGGCGGCAACCCGCACGAGAGCGACCCCAUACCGGGCUCCAUGUCCCUCUCCCCGCGCUCUCCGACCAUCCCUCCAAUAUGGGACGUCUCGGCCUCUUCCAAAGGAGUAAACAUGCCGGCCAACAGCUACAUGCCCGGCUACUCUCACUGGUAUUCCUCCCCACAUCAAGAUUCAAUGCAGAGAUAGACUGAUGAGGCAAGAAGGUCAGCGAGCUGUCUGGAGGCCUCCGGAUCUCCGCCAUGCAGUUUCCAACGUAGCCUACAAUUUGUGUCAGCAGAAGAGACUGGAUGCUGGAGAGGAGAACCCCCCCCCCACCCCUCUGCUGCUCCUCUGCUGAAGGAUAAAACGCAGCCCAGCCUCGGUGUGAUGAUACAGACAAGGGAACUAACCUUUUUUUUUUUUUUUUUUUUAGCGUACACGGCUGUUCAGUGGGCUCGCAUAUUUGUUAUGCUUUCAUUCAUGUCAACAUCUGAACGUCAAAAUACCAAAUAUUAUCAGUGACAUUCAAGCCACUUUGGGGCAAAGACUGCUUACACUCUCCAUGCGCUGUGGCGCCCAGAACCUUCAGCCAUGGUGGACUCCUGACUGCUUUUUUUUUGGUUGUUUCUCCAACAUGCAAAACCAAGCAAAUUGUCUGUCUGUAAAUAUAAUCUGCGAGUUUAGUUGUACAUACACUUUUUAUGUUUUGUCAGAUUGAGUAAACCGUGACUCAAAACAGA